CGGGUCAAUCAGCAAUCGAAGUUACGUAAUUCAAUAAAUAAGCGGAUUUUUCUUACGGACACCCAUUUAACUGGACUCCAUUUUUCUCACGUGACCUCAUCUUUCAUCUCUUCCGUUCUCCGUUUCUCUUCACCGUCUCUCCGAGACUAAAUGCAGUUUCGUCAUAUUCCGUGCAGUGUAAAAGCAACUUAUAGGCCUUCAGGUAUGGACGUCUCUGGAGGUCAAAGUGUGUAUCCUUUACACCGUUGCAAAACUAUACACCUGGUGAGGCAUGCUCAGGGGAUUCACAAUGUGGAAGGAGAAAAGGACCAUAGUGCCUACCUAUCUCGACACCUUUUCGAUGCACACCUUACUCCUCUUGGAUGGCAGCAGGUAGACAAUCUACGGAAACAUGUUCAAACAUCAGGAAUUUCUAAGAGGGUGGAACUAGUUAUAACUUCUCCUCUAUUGAGGUGUAUGCAAACAGCCGUUGGCGUUUUUGGUGGAGAAGAUUCCACAGAUGGAACAGAUGUUCCUCCACUCAUGGUAACAGAUGCAGGAGAGAGUAACCAUCCAGCAAUUUCAAGUUUAAAUUGCCCUCCCUUCAUUGCAGUGGAGGGUUGUCGUGAACACUUGGGAGUUCACUGGUGUGAUAAGAGAAGAAGCAUUAGCGAAUACAAGCCUCUAUUUCCUGCAAUUGACUUUUCCUUGAUUGAAUCUGAUGAUGAUGUUCUCUGGGAGCUUGAUGUUAGAGAGAAAAUUGAAGACGUUGCUUCCAGAGGAAUAGAGUUCUUUAAGUGGUUGUGGACACGAAAGGAGAAGGAGAUUGCAAUUGUUACGCAUAGUGGAUUAUUGACUCAUACACUCGCUAAAUUUGGUGGUAAUUGUCAUCCAGAUGUGAAGAGUGAGAUAUCUAAGCGAUUUCAGAACUGCGAACUUCGAAGCAUGGUUCUUGUUGACAGAAGCAUGGUAGGGUCGGAUUCUUCAGCAACUAAUUAUCCAGGAAAAAUUCCAAGUGGAGAAGAUGCGCCAAGUGACCUUGCAUGUACUACUCCAGAUGGAUUGCCAAACUGAUGAUAUUUCAAGCAGAGGCAAUAAAAUAUGUUCGAGUUUGGUUUGCUUUUUUACGAUUCUUUCAAAGUAAAAUUUUUUUUGAUCAUCUCAUUUGGAGCACUUUGUGGUUGACUCCGAAUUUUAUUCAGAUUCAUGAAGAAAGUAUACCGAGGCAAAUUUAGUUGUCUGAAGGUACAAGCAACUGCUUCGAUGCCUUACAAUUAUCGUAGUAUUUUCCAAAUCACGUUUCAUACCCCUACACUAUAAGUUAUGUUUUUACGAUCAAUUACUACCGGCGUUUCGGACUUUCAGGUAGUUAUGUUUCCAGUUGCCGUCUGGUGGAGGUCUCCAUUGUGAUUCAUCCAGUACGUUUACUCUUUGCAUUUUUAAUCUUUAUAAUAUAGUCAGUUCAGACUGCAAGAAUGUAACACUAUUUCCUUGUUUUUUAGUUAACAAUGUGAAUUUAUCAGUCUUUUAAAAUAAUC